AUGUAUUCAAAUGACGCCAUCCGAGGAACAGUCGCUUCCCACACAAUCUGUAUUAUUAAAUCAUCAUGUUUAACUAUAGCGAGCAUACACUGCGGUGAAAUGGUCUCCCAGAGGACAAAAUUGAACCUUAUCCUACUCAUUGGUCUGUUCAUUGUCAAUAGUGAAGAGAGCGAAUCACAAAAACAACCAUUUGACUUCACAGUUGAUGACUCAGGAGUAAAGACUAUUCAUUUUCCGCCGGUCACGUUUUCUUUGCAUCCUAAUGGAACACUGACAGUUAAAACUUUGGACUGUACAUGGGCAGUUGACUUGGGAGGGCUAUCAAGUCAAGAGGUUGGCGUAACUGGAGUAACUCGUCACGGUUCCUUGGACUGUAAAAAGUGGCAUAUGCCUCCAUACGAAAAGAAAAUACCAGUAGACCUAAUUCAGUUCAUAGAUUAA